UCCUCUUAUCCGGAACCCAACAAACCAAUCAGAAGCCAUGUCAAGCUGUGAUAACCUCUAAACACACACCCCCACCCCCACCACCACCACCACCACCACCAAAACACCACUUGAACAUUCACAUGGCGUCGACACUCGGAACUUCUUCUACUGCUAUCUUGGCUUCUCGCUCUCUCUCUUAUCCAACCUCUAAGCCUACCUUCUCCUCUUUCUCCUUAGCCUCCGGGCUGAAUUAUGGGAGGAGGUUUUGUGGAGGAAUUGGGAUUAAUGAAGGUAAGAAGGGGAGGUCUCAGUUUGCUGUCACCAAUGUUGCUACCGAAAUCAACUCUGUUGAACAGGCCCAGAAGCGUGCAGCUGCUAUGGAGAGCCAGAGGCCGGUGUAUCCCUUUACCGCAAUAGUAGGACAAGAAGAGAUGAAAUUAUGCCUCAUAUUAAAUGUGAUCGAUCCCAAGAUUGGUGGUGUGAUGAUUAUGGGUGAUAGAGGAACUGGAAAAUCGACCACUGUUAGGUCAUUGGUAGAUUUACUUCCUGAAAUCAAAGUAGUUUCUGGUGAUCCAUAUAACUCAGACCCAGAAGAUCCAGAGUCCAUGGGGAAUGAAGUCAGAGAGAGUGUUAUGAAAGGGAAGGAGCUCUCUAUUGUAAUGACGAAAAUCAACAUGGUUGAUUUGCCAUUGGGUGCUACAGAAGAUAGGGUCUGUGGGACAAUUGACAUUGAAAAAGCCCUAACUGAGGGUGUCAAGGCAUUUGAGCCUGGCCUUCUUGCUAAAGCAAACAGAGGAAUUCUUUAUGUUGAUGAAGUUAACCUUCUGGAUGACCAUCUAGUGGAUGUUCUUUUGGAUUCUGCUGCUUCAGGAUGGAACACAGUUGAGAGAGAGGGUAUAUCUAUAUCACAUCCUGCAAGGUUUAUUCUCAUUGGUUCUGGAAAUCCUGAAGAGGGGGAGCUUAGGCCACAGCUGCUUGAUCGGUUUGGAAUGCAUGCCCAAGUGGGGACUGUAAGGGAGGCUGAGCUCAGGGUAAAGAUUGUGGAGGAGAGAGCUCGGUUUGAUAGAAACCCAAAGGAAUUCCGCGAUUCUUACAUAGCGGAGCAAGAGAAGCUCCAGCAACAAAUUGCCUCAGCUAGGAGUACUCUUUCUUCUGUUCAGAUUGAUCAUGAGCUAAAGGUGAAAAUCUCCAAGGUUUGUGCAGAGUUGAACGUUGAUGGAUUGAGAGGAGACAUUGUGACUAACAGAGCAGCAAAAGCUCUUGCGUCUCUCAAGGGAAGGGACAAUGUUACUCCUGAGGAUAUUGCUACUGUCAUCCCCAACUGUUUGAGGCAUCGCCUUCGCAAGGAUCCAUUGGAGUCAAUUGACUCUGGUUUACUAGUCAUUGAGAAAUUCUACGAGGUUUUUAGCUGAGGACGGAGGUUUUUAGAAUUCCCUUUGCUUCUGUUAUCAUUUUUACGGAGAUCUUUCUGCUAAUAGUAUUUUUGUCAAUUUUCUCCAAUUUUUCAUGAUAUGAUCACAAUUGAACUUUGGAAGUAUAGUUGAAAAUAUUGGUGUGAUCAUUAAAGUUGAUAUGACUACAUAUACGGUCUGUGAAAUUGUAAUGAAUUGGAGGGAGAAUUGUUAUUAAUGCAAAUUAUGCUCUUUGCACUUUUA